UGAAAUGUUGGUUUUGAAGUUUUCGGCGUCCCACGUGUAAAGAUUAUUGAGGAGCCCUUUCAUAGCUUGUUGGAUUCGGUUUUACGCACGGCAGGUUGCUCUCCAAAACGAUCUCUGUGAUGAAAGUGAUGGGUGGUUCGCUGAGAGCACGUGACAAAUGAGUCAGCAUGCCCCAGGGACUCAACAUCUCCUUGUGCCUCCUCCAAAACUGCAACUGGGACGAGAGCAGUAACACCACCCAUCCGAGCCGCGACUCGGACCUUCCCCCUCUCAACUUCUACAGCUUUCCCCUUCUCACGCUUAUCACCGUGGCGUGCUCGCUACUCUCCGUGGUGGGCGUGACCGGCAACGUCUUGACCAUCCUGGUGGUGAGCAAGUAUCGCGACAUGCGCACCACCACCAACCUGUACCUGUGCAGCAUGGCGGUGUCGGACCUGCUCAUCUUCCUGUGCAUGCCGCUCGACCUCUACCGCAUGUGGCGCUACCGGCCGUGGCGCCUCGGCGACGCGCUCUGCAAGCUCUUCCAGUUCGUGUCCGAGUCGAGUACCUACUCGACCAUCCUGAGCAUCACGGCGCUCUCCGUGGAGCGCUACGUGGCCAUCUGCAUCCCGCUGCGCGCCAAGGCUCUGAUGACCAAGCGGCGAGUGCGCUCGCUCAUCUUGCUCCUGUGGUGCGUGUCCUUGCUGAGCGCCGGGCCCGUCUUUGUCAUGGUGGGCGUGGAGCGGGACCACCUCAGCUUCAGCGCCAAUGACACCCACGCUCUUGGGAGGGAAGAGGACGAGUACAGGGACACGCGAGAGUGCAAGAUGACACACUAUGCAGUGGAGUCGGGCCUGAUGGGCGCCAUGGUGUGGCUGAGCUCCGUGUUCUUCUUCAUGCCCGUCUUCUGCCUCACGGUGCUCUACAGCCUCAUCGGCCGCCGCUUGUGGCAUAGACAUCGGAACACCAACAUCAGGUCACACCGGGACAGGAGCAACAGGCAGACAAUCAAGAUGUUGGUGGUGGUGGUUCUGGCCUUCGUCCUGUGCUGGCUGCCCUUCCACGUGUGCCGCUACCUGCAGUCCCGCUCGCUGGACGCGCCGUCCCCGCUGCUGUCCGCCCUGUCGGAGUACUGCAGCUUGCUGUCGGUGGUUCUUUUCUACCUGAGCGCCGCCAUCAACCCCAUCCUCUACAACACCAUGUCCUGGAAGUUCCGCGGGGCGGCGGCGCGCCUUUUCGGCCUCGGCCACCAAAAGCUACCUCGGACCCGCACCGCCAGUACGCUGAAGGCCGUGACCGAGGGGGGGAUGGAAUCCAACAGCUUCUAAAGCUUCGUCAAGGAUGGGCGGAAGUACGGCCUGCUUAAAACUGGGUGAACCGAAGCGGACCAGGGUUAUUGAUAAAAAGCAGCAACUUCACUCUGUCAGGAGGUCGCCACAGAAAUGUACUCACAGGUUUUGCUAGGCACGUACCAAUAGCAGGUAUCGGGUACACAUGGAGGCUGCCGAUACCAGCCGUCGAUACUUCAGGCAAAAAGAUAAAUCAGACUGUGUACGUCCUCCUUGGCAGUAGAAACGAACACAUUUCUCCGUCGUGGGAUCAAUAAAGUUCUAUCCUUAUAUUUACUCUGUAUUGUUGAGUGAAUACUUGUAAAAGUGUUCUUGAACAUCCUUAGUUUUUUUACACCUGGCAGAUUUCAAAUUACUUCAAUGUCAAAUCUGCUGGGAAAUAUAUUAGUUUUAUACAUUUUUCUGUCGCGCCGUAAAAUGUCGCCAAGCUGUGAACUAAUAUUGUAUCCAUGUUGUGCAAUUAAUUAUCAUGACGGCGUUAUGUAAUGUACUGUUAUCAAAAGAGAUGUGUCAAAUUUAUUAUGACCCCCGAAAAUAUGCUCCGUAUCUUUGUAAAGGCAGAAUUUUGUGCGGCUAAUGUUGUGGGUUGUUAAAAUAAAAAGUCCAGCUUUUGUCUUGUUGUUGUAAAUAGAUGCUUAGCUGUGAUUAAAGGUGUAUGAACAUCAUUUUGAUUCCAUGUUGUUAAAAAAGCACCCACUCUAAAAUGCCAGUGCAAACGGAACAUAGCAAACAACAAAAUAAACUCGUGCUCUAUGUCGGAAAUUUUUUUAAACAUUUAUUGGGCAUAAAUAUAUUAUAUAUACGCUACCGAUACAGUUACGUCUUACAUACAUAGUGUAGUAUUUGCAAAAAAAAUCUAUACAUUAAAAUUGAUAUGGCAGUCUUUUUUUUAUAUAAUGCAUAUGAAAUUGUCUAACAUUUACAAUACUAGAAGAAAUGCAUGAAUUUCUCUUUUAUUAAAAAAAAAAAUCUCAAAUUCAUAGACCAUGACAACCUGGAAUGUUCACUCUUAAAAACGUGAGGUAAAAAAUACAUGUUUUGAUUUGUUUGCACUUUAGUGUUUCCGCACUCUGUGGCCAAUUGUUUAGUCAAAAUAAAAAUGUGUAGUCACUGUAAAAA